AUGGUGCGCAUACACACUCUUUCUCUCCUCUUCUUCCUCCUUCUCUCGCCCGCGCUGUGUUUUCCAAUCUUUCGUCCUCCUGAUUACUUCUGGAAACGGUUCUUCCAGCCACAGCUGGUGGGUCGACAAGUCGCACAGCAGAAUUCAACGGUGGAAGGGAAUAACACGAAUGUGAACGGGACGUUUAGUCCUACGAAUGGCCAGGACGGGAACGGCGUUGGGUACGCGGGGACGGGGAAUGAUAUCGAUACAGGUAUCCACACUCCUUCCUUCUAUUAUUGUUCUUUGACUAUACGCUCUUUCACCAUCCACACUUUCACCACACUCUUUCACCAUACCCCUUCACCACCCAGUCAGCUAACACCCCCUGUCUUCCUAGGUGACGACUUCGACAUCGGCGACGGCAACCUCACCCUCGCUCCAAACAGCUCGCUCGAAAUCGGCGACCGGAUUACAAACAUCAACCUGCCGCUUAAUAUGUCGGAGAUACUUGCAGCCGGUAUCAGUCGCGGGUUUUCGACGAAUGCGACAGGCGGGAGAGAGCUUACUAUUGAUAUUGCGAUGAGGAUGACGAUUUCGGAGAGGGGUGGCGAGAGAAAUGUUACGUUGGGUGGGGAAGGGGGGAGGUGA